AUGCUCUCAAACUCCCUGCGUUUCCCGUCUCGUCGCCUCUCCCAGUUGAAAGUAUCUCGGGGUCUAAGUUCUGUUCCGGCACCGGUAUAUGAUGAUUCCGAAGACGAACCUUUAGGAUUCCCACCCAAUGAUCUUCGUCGCAGUAGUAGCGACGGUCUUUGUGUUAAUGACCUCCUCGAUGGCAAUGGUGUUCCCGCCAUGCUGAGGCACGGGUUCAGUCCCAAUGAGUACACUUUGUCUAGCGUGGUGAAAGCUGCCGCAGCUGAGACUCGUGGGUGUUGUGGUCACCAGCUUCACGGCUUCGCUCUCAAGUGCGGCUUCCAUUUGAAUGUUCACGUUGGCAGCUCUCUUCUUGAUCUCUACGCACGCUAUGGUCUUAUGGACGAUGCACAAUUGGUUUUUGAUGCGCUUGAGAGCAGGAAUGAUGUUUCUUGGAAUGCUCUAAUCGCUGGCUAUGCUAGGGGAUGUGUACCCAUCACUUAUCUGAUAUAUCUUACUUACUCCUCUGCUGCUGUAUCUCCUGCA